GAGCUCAACUCUGGACGCCGCUACGGCCUCAUCGGCCUCAACGGCACCGGGAAGUCCAUGCUGCUGUCAGCCAUCGGGAAGCGGGAGGUGCCCAUCCCGGAGCACAUUGACAUCCACCACCUGACCCGGGAGAUGUCGCCCAGCGAGAAGACGCCGCUGCAGUGCGUGAUGGAGGUGGACACGGAGCGGGCCAUGCUGGAGCGGGAGGCUGAGCGCCUGGCCCACGAGGACGCCGAAUGCGAGAAGCUGCUGGAGCUGUACGAGCGGCUGGAGGAGUUGGACGCGGACAAGGCGGAGGCGCGCGCCUCCCGGAUCCUCCACGGCCUGGGCUUCACGCCCCUCAUGCAGAGGAAGAGCUUGAAGGACUUCAGCGGCGGCUGGCGGAUGCGGGUGGCGCUCGCCAGGGCGCUCUUCAUCCGGCCCUUCAUGCUGCUCCUGGACGAGCCCACCAACCACCUCGACCUGGACGCCUGCGUGUGGCUGGAGGAGGAGCUGAAAACGUUCAAGCGCAUCCUUGUGUUGAUCUCGCAUUCCCAGGACUUCCUGAACGGCGUCUGCACCAACAUCAUCCACCUGCACAACCGCAAACUCAAGUACUACACGGGCAACUACGACCAAUACGUGAAGACCCGCGUGGAGCUGGAGGAGAACCAGAUGAAGCGCUUCCACUGGGAGCAGGACCAGAUCGCCCACAUGAAGAACUACAUCGCCCGCUUCGGUCACGGGAGCGCCAAGCUGGCCCGCCAGGCCCAAAGCAAAGAGAAGACCCUCCAGAAAAUGAUGGCCUCGGGGCUGACCGAACGAGUCAUCAACGAUAAGACGCUCUCCUUCUACUUCCCCUCGUGUGGAAAGAUCCCACCCCCGGUCAUCAUGGUGCAGAACGUGAGCUUCCGCUACAGCAAAGACGGGCACUGGAUCUACAAUAACCUGGAGUUCGGCAUCGACCUGGACACGCGGGUGGCGCUCGUGGGGCCCAACGGAGCGGGGAAAUCGACGCUGCUCAAACUCCUGACCGGAGAGCUGCUCCCCACCGACGGGAUGAUCCGGAAGCAUUCCCACGUCAAGAUUGGCCGCUACCACCAGCAUCUGCAAGACCAGCUGGACUUGGACCUCUCCCCGCUGGAGUACAUGCUGAAGUGCUACCCGGAGAUCAAGGAGAAGGAGGAGAUGCGGAAGAUCAUCGGCCGCUACGGGCUCACCGGGAAGCAGCAGGUCAGCCCCAUCCGGAACCUCUCGGACGGGCAGAAGUGCCGCGUGUGCUUUGCGUGGCUGGCAUGGCAGAACCCCCACAUGCUCUUCCUGGACGAGCCCACCAACCACCUGGACAUUGAGACCAUCGACGCCCUGGCCGACGCCAUCAACGACUUCGAAGGCGGCAUGAUGCUGGUCAGCCACGACUUCCGCCUCAUCCAGCAGGUGGCCCAGGAGAUCUGGGUCUGUGAGAAGAGGACGAUCAGCAAGUGGCCUGGCGACAUCCUUUCCUACAAGGAGCACCUGAAGUCCAAGGUGGUGGACGAAGAGCAUCAGCUCACCAAGAGGAUGCACAACGUUUGAGCCGCCGUGGCAGCAAAGUCCCAGCCCUGCUCCUCCCCCCUCCGACACGGGUGCCGGCCUCCCCGAGGGAAGAGACGGGCAGGGUCCCCCUGGCUGCGCCCGGCCUCCCCUCGGCUUCUCCCCGCCUCUGCCGCCCCAAAGCCCUGCAUCCGCCCAGCCCCAGCAGGGCAGCGAGAGUCGGCCUGGCUCCCUGCUUCAGAUCCACCACUCCAAACUUCGAUUUCUUUUUAAUAAUUAUUUAUUAGUGUAAUUGCAUUCCUGCCUGAGAAGGAUCGGUCAAUAAAGAGAGAGGAGCUUCA